AUGAGUGAGAUUGCAAAGCCAGUUUACUACAUACAGUAUGUGGAAAUCUUAGAUGAUAUACUACGGAAAGUUGGUAAAUUGCAGGACGCGGGCUGGGGCGGGUCUGUGGCCGGCAGAGGGCGCGGGACAGCUCCUAGCUCUGCGGGCCCGGCGGGCUGGGGGCGCGCUGCCCCGGGCGCGCCGUCGGAUCUCGCGGGCAACGGGUCGCGGCUGCCCGACCCGCUGGGGAAGCGCGGCGGGCGGCCGGCGCCUCGGCCGCCUGUUCGCUGCUGCUCCCUCGAGCGGAGCCUGCGCCAGGUUCCUUUUGCAUCCCCCCUGCUGGGGGACCCCUGCUCCGGAGGAGGGGGCCGGAGAGCCGCGGCGGCGGCGGCGGCGGCGGCCGCCUGGGCCCCGGGGACCGGGCGCCGGGCCCGAGGAGCGGCGGAGGCCGCGGCGGCCUCGUCUCGGUCGCGGACUAUGCGGGCGGCGGGCGCGGAGCCUCCCGGUGGGUGCAGCUGUCACGAGCCGCGCGGCCGCCGAGGCCCUAGGGGGCGGGGAGCAGCUGGCACCCCUCCGCCCCCUGCUCUCCUUUCUCCUGCUCCAUCCACCUCCCACUUCUCCGAGUUCCCCUCGCGCCCCCGCGCGGCUGGAGGGGGCGGAGGUCUCAGCUGUCACGGGCACCAGCUGGGGGCUGCUCCCCGCCGAGGGAAAUCGCUGCAGCAGCGACUUCUCUCCGCCUCUUUUCCAGUUGCCCUAGUUAGCGCGGAGAGGGCGAGCAUCCGCGGAGGGGGCGCGGACUGCGCGGCCGCCUGCCCGGCGUGGGGAGCGGGCGCACGGGGCCGCCGCGGAAAGAGGGAGCCGGAAGUCGGCGCGGGCGCCCCUCGGCCCUGGCGACGCCGUGACCUUGGCCAGCUUGCUCACCUCUCGGAGUCUUGCCGACCCGGACCGCGAAAUGGGGGCGACCGCGGCGUCGGUUUCGGUCGGCGCAGCCCUCGACGGCGCUGGUGUUUGACCCCGGCGCGCUUGCUCGCCCCUUCCCCCGGGAAGGGGUUUCGGAGAUCUAUCCAUACUAAUGGAAAUGUAACUGGAACUGACUUCGAUGAUAAAAUCAAGGACCAUCAAGCAAGAUCAUGCAGUAGGCAACUUUGCUUCCAAAUGAAGUUACCAACAUUUAAAAUUUCUACUUAUUCUAAGCUUGGUGAAAGCACUGAUGUACAGAAGACAUACUUGAUACAGGUAACUUUUGAAAUGGGGAGGGAAGAAUAUGGCUUAGUCACUUUAAGAAGUCCUAGGCCUGGGACAGGUGGGUAAAACUUGAUAAUGUGUUAGGGUGGUUUAAUGAGUAAUCUCUGUGUUCUCUGCAAGGAACGUUUUAAUAAUAGGCUCUAGGUUUGAGAAAGAUUGCUGACUGAGUUGUUUUCCAAAAGAAUGCUUGUUUAUUAGAGGGUGAAGUAGGAUCAAUUUAGGGAAAAUGUGACUUGUCCCAACUUCUUGAGUUUUUUGGUUCCUCUUUAGCCAACUGCAAAGGACAUUAUGACAUAGUAAAAUACUAUAUUUCAUGAAAGGAGGUACAUAGGCUCUAGUAAGAAAGAAAACUUUUGGUUUCAUUCAUAUGAGAGAAGGGUCACAAUUACAGAUAACUUUUUCAUGAAGGUUAUGGAAAGUGACUCUCUGAAGUCCUGGGAUAGCUAGUUAGAAGUUGUGGUAUUUUUCUGUGCUCCAUAACCGCCCUCACUCCACCCAGAUGCACCUAUUCUUUAUAUAGCAGUAUACUGAAGCAACCUUUUAACAUAUCAAUUAUGUUUUUCAAAGUGAUGUUAAAAUAUUUGGAAACCGAAGACCUUUCAUUUUCCAAAGGUCAGUUAUAAUUAUUCAGUGGCAUAGCUAUUGAAAUUGCAUCACCAAUUACUCGACUGUGUUAAAGAAGAGGAUUUGCUUUUGGGGGCCCGUAGGUUAUUGAUAAGAGAUAAAACAUAUUUUUUGAAGAAUCUGUGUGUAUGGCAGCAACCCACUCUUCUAUCUAAUCAUGAAAACUUUGGGAAAUGAAGUGUUCCUCAACGAAAUCUGGAUGCUCUGGAAGCCAAAGGUGAUCUGCAAGAGGAGGAAUAGUUGAGAAGUGCUCACCUUAAAUGUUGUUAUCAGUUAUUUGAUGAAGACAUUGAAAUGUUUAUUGCUCUGAAGAUGAUCUUAAAUGAGGAGGCAUAGUUAAUGUGGCCUAUACAGAAUGUGAGAUAAUGUGAAUUUAAGAAAGCUGAUAUGAGAAAAACAAAAAUAUAAUAAGAAAAUAGCUACUAUUUAAUGAUCGUUGUAUAUCAAGCACCGUGUUAGAUAUUUUGUAUAUAUUUUCAGAUACUGUCCCAAUAGGUGGUUAUUGAAUAAGUUACUGAAUAGCUGUUAAUGUUUUUGAGAGUUUUUGACAUUUCUUGAAAUUAGAAAUUUCUUACAUUAUUAAGAAACACUCUUUGCUUGACCUUUGCAAGCCUAGUAAACACAGAAUUAGAUUAGGUGCAAAAUUGAGAAUCUCUGUCCUUAAUCUUCAUAGCAUAUGGAUGCAUUUAAUGCUAGUAAAAAUUGUAAGCCUGAAUAAAUGUAGUGUAAAACCUGCAUUAAUGAUCUGGGGUUUAUUAAGUUACUUACGAAGCUUUUAUUUAAAUUUGGGGUUAAGUUGAUUUUUCCAGUUUUCCAAUUAAUGCAACAUUUUAAAAAAUCAAUUUUAGGUUAAACUACAAAGGUAAACCUCAGUAAGUUCCAGAAAAGCUGAAACUAUGUACGUCCAUUCUCUGACUACAACAGAAGUUUAAAAUGUACCACUUUAACCACUUGGAAAAAUCAAACAGAAAAUUUGCUUAAAUAAAUACAGGAUUAAACAGGAGAUCAAAUAUACAGUAACUGGUCAUUUAGCACCUGAAAUGAGAUUCAGGCCAAGAUUCAUACUGUGCUUAGAAGUAGAUUAAUAGUCUUCAUUAAAUUUACUGUUGAUGAGUGAAAUAAAUGUACUAAGCACUAAACCUUAGAAUUUAGUAAAACAAACAGACUCAACAAAAUAAAUGCCUAGGAGAAAGGGAAGAUAUUAAUAAGAUGAAAGCAGAAAUUGGUGAAUUAAAAACAGAAACCACAGAAAUGAAAAAUCUAAAAGCUAUUUCUUAGGGUUGAAAGACAAAACAAAAAUAGCUGGUAAAUCUUACCUAGGAAAAGAUAGAAAACCAAAAUUAAGUUUAUAAAGGGGAUAUAAGAAUAGAAAAGAUAUUUUAAAAAUUAUAAGCAAAUACUAUUUAUUAACUCUAAGCUGAUUUAUUUAAAAUGAAUUAUGAGACACCCAAACUGAUUUAAGAACAGUUGGUCUGGGGUUACAUCCAACUAGUUCCAGAACCAACUUUUUCCAGUUAAUUCUUUUUAGUUUUUAAGGAACAUAUGAUUCCUUUGGUGAGAACUAUUUUAGAGAUUAUAAAAAAGAUGGAAAUAUGCCCAAUUAAUGUUAUAAAAUCAGUAUGAUUCUCUUAAUGGUUCAGCGGAGUAAAACUUUUUGUGGGGGUGGGGUUACUGCUUUUUUUUAGUUUAUAUUUUAAGCACAGGUUUUUCUUAAAAUUAAAACAAUUGAGAAAAGAAAGAAACCCAGAAAGUUAAAACGUAAAGCUGUCUUUUAUAUCUAUUAACAUAUUUACCAUUGCUGGCACUCUCCUUUGUGUAAAUCAAAAUUUUGAUCUGAUAUUCUUUUUCUUCUGCCUAAAAAUCAUUUAAGUGCAUAAUCUGCUGGUAAUGGAUUUUUCUCAACCUUUGUCUAAAAACAUUUCCACCUUCAUUUUGAAGUAUAUUUUAGCAGGGUGCAGAACUUGCCGUUGACAGGUUUCACCCCUUACAAUCUUGCUCCAUUGUUUUCUUAUUUGUAUAAUUUCUGAUGAGAAGCUUGCUGUCAUGCAUACCUUUGUUUUUCUGUACAUAAUCUUUUUCCUCCUCUAGAAGUCUUUAACAUUUUUCACCCCUAAUCACUGGUUUUCAACGACUUGAUUAUGAUAAUUGUUGGUGUGGUUUUCUUUGUUUAUCCUGCUUGGAUUUUAUUGAGCCUCUUAUGAAUCUGUAGGUUUCUGGUUUUGAUAGCAUUGAAAAAAAAAUGCUUAUUAUUUCUUCAAAUAUAUUUUUUAUCAUUUUUUUCCUCUUUUUUGGACCACAGUUACAUUUAUCUUAGUUUAUUUGUAUGUUGCCACAAAUCAGUGAUAUUCACUCCCAUUAUUUUUGUAUUUUGUUCCUUUGUGCUUCAUUUUGGAUAUUUUCUAUUGCUAUAUCUUCAAGUUAACUGUUAAGUCUGCUGUAAGUCCUAUGCAGUGUAUUUUUCAUUUCAGAUACUGUAUUUUUUUUUUUUUUUUUUUUUUUUUUAGUCUUAUUUCUUCUCUUUCUCUUCUCAUUAUGUUCUUGUUUUCUUUUGUAUUCUUGACUGUAUUGACAAUAUUUUUAGGCUCUGGGCCUAAGAGGAGGCCAUGCUGAGGCCAAGAGCUUGGCCUGGACAGAUACUGUAUUUUUAAUUUCUAGAAGCUCCAAUUGUGCCUAAAAAAAAUCUUGCACUUCUGUGUUCAAUACUACCAUGGCUUUCUCUGCUUUCUUGAGUGUAUCGAGAUUUUGUAUAAUAGCUCUUUUAGCAUCUCUGUUUGCCAAGCUCUCUGUCUCUGUCAGUUUUGUGUCUGUUUUUAUUGAUUUGUUAUUCUGGUUAUAGGUCAUAUUUACAUAUCUGGUAAAUUUUGAUUGUCACACAUUGUGAAUUUUAUGUUAUUAGAUGCUUGAUUUUGUUAUAAAGAAGCCAUUCCUUUAAAUAAUGUUGGACUGAGUUUUGGAAUGCAGCUAAAUUUUUUUGAUGCCCUUUGAGUCUUGUCCUUUUUUAAGGAAGAUUUCAUAGGGUGAGUCUGGAGCAGUGAGUAGACUUUUCUCCUAGAGCUAAUUUAGAAGCUGAUUCCCUUCUGAGGACUUUACAUGAUGUUUCAUGUAUUAGGAGGUCUUUUCACGCUACUCUGUUGGAAUACAAACUAUUCAUAGUCUUGUUUGAGUUUCAGAAAUUCUUUGGCCUUUUGUGUGUGUUUUUUUUUUUUUUUGGUUUGGUAGUCCUUUCUCCAACCUCAGGUGGUUUCCUUCCACAAAGGACG